AUGACAUCCAGUACUGAAUCAACUAUAGGCGAGAACAAUGCUGCGCUAGAGUUGUAUGAAAUAAUGCGUAAGAAUGCAAUUCCCUACGGAUUUGAUAAAGAUAUAGGCACCCGAAAAGCUGACUAUUUUGUUAAGUCCGAAAGGAAACAAAUAGAUGUGGAAAAAACUGCUAAACGGUUUCUGUAUCUUUUAGGGUUAACCAGUUCAUUCCGACACUUUAUAGAAGCCAAAGCAGAAAAGAAUGAGACACUAGGUGAAAUUUUGAAUGUAGUUAACAAGUCAACCAAUUACAAGGGAGGCUCUGAAAAGGGUGGUAAUAAUCAUAGAGGACGGAAAAAUGAACGUGAAGAGGAUCAAGAGUUAAUUAAAGAAGAUGAUGCUGAUGAUUACGGUGCAAUCACUGAAUUUACCGAAUCUCCAGGUUACAUUAACGGACAAUUACGUCCGUAUCAAAUCCAAGGUCUUAAUUGGUUAAUUAAUUUACAUGAAAAUAAUUUAAGUGGUAUCUUAGCAGAUGAAAUGGGACUUGGAAAGACUUUACAAACCAUUUCCUUCUUGGGGUAUUUACGGUAUUUCCGGAAUAUUUCUGGUCCUCAUAUUGUUAUAACUCCAAAAUCAACUCUUGAUAAUUGGGCUCGUGAGUUUGCAAGAUGGACUCCAGAUGUCAAAGUAUUAGUUCUUCAAGGUGAUAAAGAACAAAGAAAUGAAUUGGUAUUAACUAAAUUGAUGACUUGUGAUUUUGACGUUGUGAUUGUAUCUUAUGAAAUCGUUAUAAAGGAAAAGACUCAUUUCAAGAGAUUUGAUUGGCGAUACGUUAUUGUUGAUGAAGCUCAUAGAAUCAAAAACGAAGAAUCUUUACUCUCUCAGAUCAUUCGUCUUUUUCAUUCCCAGAACAGAUUGCUUAUUACAGGUACUCCAUUACAAAAUAAUUUACAUGAAUUAUGGGCACUUUUGAAUUACAUUCUUCCUGAUGUGUUUAGUGAAAGUGAAAGUUUUGAUUCUUGGUUUUCAAAUAAAGAUGAUGAAGAUAAUAUGGUGAAUCAAUUACAUAAGGUUUUAAAACCAUUCCUUUUACGAAGAAUCAAAGCUGAUGUGGAAAAGUCGUUGUUACCCAAACAAGAAUUGAAUGUUUAUGUUAAAAUGAGUGAUAUGCAAAAGAAAUGGUAUCAGAAAAUUUUAGAAAAGGAUAUUGAUGCUGUCAAUGGAGCUAAUGGGAAAAAGGAAUCAAAGACAAGAUUAUUAAAUAUUGUCAUGCAAUUAAGAAAGUGCUGUAAUCAUCCUUAUUUAUUUGAAGGAGCUGAACCUGGACCUCCAUAUACAACAGAUGAACAUUUAGUUUAUAAUUCUUAUAAAAUGCUGAUAUUGGAUAAAAUGUUGAAGAAGUUCAAAUCUGAAGGUUCCAGGGUUCUUAUAUUCUCCCAAAUGAGUAGAAUGUUGGACAUUCUUGAAGAUUAUUGUACAUUUAGAGAAUAUCAAUAUUGCCGUAUUGAUGGGCAAACUGAACAUGCUGACAGAGUUAAUAGUAUUGAUGAGUACAAUGCACCUGGAAGUGAAAAGUUUGUAUUCUUAUUGACUACUAGAGCUGGAGGAUUAGGGAUUAAUUUAACUACUGCUGAUAUUGUUAUAUUAUUUGAUAGCGAUUGGAAUCCUCAAGCCGAUUUACAAGCAAUGGACAGAGCACAUAGAAUUGGACAAACAAAGCAAGUCAAAGUCUUCAGAUUCAUUACUGAAAAUGCUAUUGAAGAGAAAAUCCUUGAAAGAGCAGCUCAGAAAUUGAGAUUAGAUCAAUUGGUUAUUCAACAAGGAAGAAAUAGUGGUGGCGGUACUAAUCAAAGCAAUAAGGCUGCUUCUAAGGAUGAAUUAUUAAAUAUGAUUCAAUUUGGAGCCUCGGAAAUGUUUGAAGCCAAUGGUGGUGGUAAUAAUUCAGAAGGCAGCACUGAUGUUAUUAACAUUGAAGAUAUUCUUAAGAACUCUGAAAUAAAGACCAAAAAACUUAAUCAAAAGUUUGCAAAAUUAGACAUAAAUGCUCUUCAAAACUUCACCAAUGAUGAAUCCGUAUACGAAUGGAAUGGUGAAAACUUUAAGAAGAAGGAACCAACUGUUCUUACCAAUAUUGGCCAUGGUUGGAUUAAUCCUGGUAAACGUGAACGGAAAGAGAAUUAUUCCAUUGAUAUGUACUAUAAAGAUGUUCUUAAUACUGGGAGUCGAACCACUGCACCUAAGUCAGGUCCCAAACCACCCAAACAAUUGAAUAUCUAUGAUCAUCAGUUUUAUCCAGCCAAAUUGUUUGAAUUAUAUGAAUUAGAAAAGAAUUACUAUAAGAAGUUAAUUCGUCACAAGGUCCCCUUGAAAGCAGGCUCACCCAGGACGUUGGCUGAUCGUGAAUUAGAGCAGAAAUUAGAACAAGAAGAAAUCGAUAAUGCCCGUCCUUUAACCGAAGAUGAAAAACAAUUGAAAGAAGACAUUCUUGCAACGGAAGGGUUCUCUAAUUGGAAUCGACGUGAUUUCCAACACUUUAUUGCAUCCAGUAUCAAGCACGGAAGAAAUGCCAUUAGUGCAAUUGUUGCCGAAUUUGAUGAUAAAUCAGAGGAAGAAGUUCGAGCAUAUGCCCAGAAGUUCUGGACUAAUUAUGAAGAGAUUGAAGGAUAUGAACGGUAUAUUGGACAAAUAGAAGCUGGUGAAGAAAAGAUCAAGAAGGUAAAGGUACAACAAGAAUCAUUAAGAAGAAAGUUAAGUCAGUACAGAUAUCCAUUACAAGAGUUAGUAUUGAAGCAUCCUCCUUCCUCAUCACAUAAAAAGACAUUUACUGAGGAUGAAGAUCGAUUUUUAUUGGUUCAAUUGUACAAGUUUGGCGUGGAUGCUUUUGAUGUCUAUGAACGAAUCAAAGAGUCAAUCCGAAUGUAUCCGUUGUUUGAUUUUGACUUCUUUUUACAAAGCAGGACCAGUGUCGAACUCGGAAGAAGAUGUCAGACACUACUUGGAUGUGUUGUUAAGGAAUUUACGAAGGAUGGAGUGAACACCGCUACCAAACGAAAGGCACCAAGUUCUGUCAGUGGUACACCAGAACCAACAAAGAAACGUGGUAAGAAGUAG